AACUGAAAGCAGCAGACACAAGAGAUCCAGUGUGAGCAGCAGGCAGGGGGAUUAUUAGGAAACAAAAGAGAGAGGAGGAGGAGGAGAGAAAGCAAGGAAACAAGUCAGAGGCUGCAAUCAGCACUGCUCCUCUCUCACACACAUACACAUCUCGCCGUCUCUCCUUUUCUUUCCUCCUCAGCCCUUCUUCAUCCCCUUCCUCCGCACACCCCUUCCCUCCCUAUCACUCUGCACCCUCCCCUCUUCUCUGUCGUUCUCCAUCUCUGCCAUCCUGCUUUAUUUUCUGCUUGCCACCUCUCCGCUUCCCUCCCUCCUUUAUAUUUCUCUCAUUCCCCCAAUCCUUCUCCAUCCUCCCCUUCUUCUUUUUUUCUCUGCACACUCUCCUUGCCACCCCCACCAUUCUGCACUCCUCCCCCUCUUUUCUCCUCUCUCUUUCUCUCUCUCUCCAUCCCUUUCCUCCCCCUCCUGGCUUCUCUUUUAUUUAUUUAUUUUUGGCUGCUCUUCUCUGUCUGUUUCCCUUCUUCCUUGUAUAGCUGUGUCUGUAUUUUUUGGAGGUGCACCAGGGGGCUCCCCUUUGCAGUGCUUGCCGUGCAGGUAGUGGGGUCCCCCUCACUCCCCUCCUGCUUCAGCCUGUGCCCCCCCCUUCCCUCCAGAGUCCCCCCCUGUGCUCUCAGCCUGCUGCAGCCUACCAACAUGAUGGCCGCAGUUCCCAUCCAGCAAAACGGGACCCAUAGUGGGGUGCCCAUAGACCUGGACCCCCCAGACUCAAGGAAGAGACCCCUGGAAGCACCCCCGGAAGCUGGAAGCACGAAGAGGACCAACACUGGAGAAGACGGCCAAUUUUUCCUGAAGGUCCUCAUUCCUAGUUAUGCAGCCGGAUCUAUCAUAGGAAAGGGUGGUCAGACCAUCGUCCAGCUACAGAAAGAGACAGGGGCUACAAUCAAGCUGUCCAAAUCCAAAGACUUCUAUCCAGGUACCACAGAGAGGGUCUGUCUGAUCCAGGGCACCGUCGAAGCUCUCAAUGCCGUCCAUGGGUUCAUUGCAGAGAAGAUACGAGAAAUGCCACAAAAUGUGGCCAAGACCGAGCCAGUUAGCAUCCUGCAGCCUCAAACAACAGUCAAUCCCGACCGCAUUAAACAAACAUUGUCAUCAUUACCACCAGCCACCAAGUCCUCUCCAUCCGACCCCAUGACCAUCUCCAGAGCCAGCCAGGUGAAGAUCAUCGUUCCAAACAGCACUGCAGGUCUGAUCAUCGGGAAGGGAGGUGCCACUGUGAAGGCGGUAAUGGAACAGUCUGGUGCAUGGGUGCAGCUUUCCCAGAAACCAGAUGGCAUUAAUCUGCAGGAGCGAGUGGUGACUGUAAGUGGCGAGCCAGAGCAAAACCGCAAGGCAGUAGAGCUGAUAGUGCAGAAGAUCCAAGAAGACCCACAGAGUGGUAGCUGUCUGAACAUCAGCUAUGCCAAUGUUACAGGACCUGUAGCUAACUCCAAUCCAACAGGAUCCCCUUAUGCCAACACUGCUGAAGUUCUACCUACCGCUGCUGCUGCUGCAGGGCUCCUAGGACAUGCUAACCUUGCUGGGGUAGCAGCUUUCCCCACUGUUCUCUCUGGCUUUACUGGCAAUGAUCUAGUUGCUAUUACAUCAGCACUCAACACCUUGGCCAGUUAUGGUUACAACCUUAAUACGCUAGGGUUGGGAUUGAGUCAAGCAGCAGCCACAGGAGCAUUAGCAGCUGCUGCUGCAAGCGCCAACCCAGCUGCAGCUGCAGCAGCCAAUUUGCUGGCUACAUACGCUAGUGAAGCUUCUGGGGGUGGUGGCAAUGCAGGAGGAGCUGGGACGUUUGCACUAGGCAGCUUAGCUGCUGCCACUGCAGCUACCAAUGGAUAUUUUGGGGCAGCAUCCCCUCUAGCUGCUAGCGCCAUUUUGGGGACUGAGAAGUCAACGGACGGCUCCAAGGACGUAGUAGAAAUUGCUGUGCCAGAAAAUCUUGUAGGUGCCAUACUUGGCAAAGGUGGCAAGACAUUGGUGGAAUAUCAGGAGUUGACUGGAGCCAGGAUACAGAUCUCUAAAAAGGGGGAGUUUGUCCCCGGCACCAGAAACCGGAAGGUAACCAUAACAGGCACACCAGCCGCCACACAAGCUGCCCAGUAUCUAAUAACGCAACGAGUCACUUACGAGCAAGGUGUCCGGGCGGCCAACCCACAAAAAGUGGGUUAAAUGACCUCCCUUUCCUUCCCUUACAUGGAUGUUAACUUAAUUGUCCCCCUCUCCAGUCCCCUUUCUUCUUUUCAUGGAUGUACUGUAUUUUACAGGAGCGAUUUAUAUUUUAUUUUUUAUUUGAAUAUUCUUUUUUUUUGUUUUGUUUUUUUGUUAUUGGCAGGGGAAGUGUGUGCGUCGGGUUAUUAAUAUAUAAUUAUGCAAAUGAACGCAACAGUGUUGACAAAGCGCAUCUGUAAAUAAUACAUGUUCUACGGAUGUUUUAGAGAGGGAAUUUUUUAGUGUUUUUUAUUUUUUUAAGUUUUUUAAUUUUUAUUUGAACGAUUUUGACAGGUUAUCUCUCUCUAUCUCUCUCUCUCUCGUUGAGGUUUUAUUGUUUACGCGUCAGAAAGUAAAAAAGAAAAAAAAAUUUUUUUUGAAGCCUGCCAUUUUACCAGCAUUGUUGUAGUCGAAAAUGAACUGAAUGUAAACAUGAAGUGACACACUAAUUUCAAUCUCUGUGAGGGCUGACGUGUCCAGUAAUGCACUGCAGAGCCACGUGUUGCUGGUCCCUUCAGAAUCACAAGGUAAUCAGUAUUAGUCCGUAGCGACGCUGUAACUGAACUACUGUUUUGCUGGAAAACAGCAGGAGGGUUGGGUGGGUGAGGUACCUAUAAAACAAAAAGGGAGUAAAGAAAAUCAAAAGCACUGUCCAACUUCACUCGUGCGUCUUGCCCUGGGAUGGCAGCGUGUGAGGGAUUACAUGUUUUGGAAUAAAAAAAAAUAAAAAAUAGUUUUAAAUUAAAACAUUAAAAGAGAGAUAUAUAUAUAUAUUAUCUAAAAGCAAUAUAGUUGCAAAAAAGCACUGUAAAAUAUAUAUUAAAAUGGUUAAAACUGUGGAAAAAAAAAAACUUUUUUGAUAAGUUUACAGAUCAGUGUCUUCAUAACAACUUGUAUGGUGGUGAAUAUUCUGGCUGGCCAGGCUCUAUUACUCUCAUUUAUGGCUCAUGAAUCUCAUCAGAAUUAACUGCUCUGAUGGGUGACGUUCGGUUUUGACAAGAGCUGUGUCUGUUUUCUUCCUUCAUUGGGUUCCCCCCCCCCCUCCUUCAUGCUGAAAUCCUUUUAUGUCCCCAGUCUCUCACCCCAUCUUGUUUUAAUUGCUUUAUAAAUCAGCCUAGCUUUUUUUCCUCCCCAAGAUGACCUUGCUUCCAAUCCUACUGUAGAGAAACAACACUGUCACCCGUUCAGUAACAUUUCAUCAUGGCAGUCCUAAUUAACCUAUUAAUUACUAUAAUGUGGGGCUGAUGUGGUACAAUUGUUACUCAGAAGGCAUUCCUCUUUCACGCACAACCUCUAGAUACAAUGUUUGUUCUUCUCCAAAGUAGGAUACGAUCAAGGCAUUUAACUAUGGCUUUCAAUUCAAGUUAAAGGUUUACAUUUGGGGUUCGUAGGACUGGGGUUUUAAGCAGACCCCCUAGUCCCUGGCCAGCCAUGCACCAGUUGAUCCAUUAACAUCCUCUCCCCUUUUAGAUAUAGUGCUGUGCUGUGAGCGUAUUGGAGUUUUUUCUAAGCCAAAUCACGCACACACACAACUGAUUAAAGUGCCAACUGUUAGUUGAUGAGGUUUCAUUAUCUGCAACGACUUAGUGAGGGCGUUGCCUUUUAAAAACGCUUCUGAUUGUGUAUAAUUUUAACACUAGCGAUCUCUUAGUGUUGUCAAUGUAGAUUUUACUGUGAACAGUAUCUGUGAUUUUUAGCUGUUUUUGAUCCCUCCGGGGCAAGGCUCAACCAGCCAUCGCAGGCUCCGAUAGUCGUUUACCUGCAUGUUCUUUUUCCGUGGGGCAUCUUUAUGUCGGCUUCAGUCAGUACUUCCCUGCAUGCUCGUUUAGCUGAGAUAGUGUUCAUUUCCGGCGUGUGUCUACCUGUCACAGCACAGGUUCCUCCAAGGGCCAUUUUUAUUGAUUUUAUUUUCUAGUAUAAGCCUUUUUGUUCUCCAACUUGUCACCUCCUCCAUGUUUCUGAGUGCCAACUAGCCAGAUCAUUUUGUUAACCUCUACAUUUGGGCCACCUCAAGCCACUGAAAAUGUGGCCAUUCAUAAACCCAGCAUCUUCUCAUGCUAUGCAUGCAGUCGUAAAACAAUAAAAACAAAAACAAAA